CGAACAGAACAACAGAAAUGGCGUUAAAAAUACCCUUUUUGUUGAUUUUAGCUGUUCUAUUUCGAUGUGGCAGUAGUGCCACUUAUUUUACAGAAUACAUCGAUGAGUUCUGCGGAAAAACGUUCGAGGUCAACAGCAAAAAGACGGCGGGAAUACUGAAAUUUAGUCGCUCGGUGGCUCACCAACCUAAUUUGGAAUGUCCUAUGACCUUAAGAGCUCCGAAGUCUCAGAUGUUGAUGGUCCAAUUUACUAAACUCGAUUUAGAGAGAGACGACGAGUGCAUUGACUGGGUGCAGAUGUAUGAUGGAAAGUCGAAAGAAGCCAAACGUUUAUCAAAACACCUAUGUGGCAAAGAAGAACUUGGCUUAAAGUAUGUGUCGUCCCAAGAGUACCUUGCUAUCCUGGUUCGCGUCGGCGCUAGACCGGCCAAAGAGGAAUUACAAAUAGUGUAUAAUUCCUUUCACAUGGUACCGUGUGAAAAAUACACCUUCGAGUGUGACAACGGCCGCUGCAUCAGUGCAGUACUGAGUUGUGCAAAGUAUGACCACUGCGGUGACAAGAGCAACAGCUGUGGGCUUGUUAUGUGGAUCGCCGUCGGCGUCGUCGUGACCAUUUUAGUCAUCAUUGGGGUCUGUGUGGGAGUCUGCUGUUGUAUUCGAAAGAGAAAACAGAAUCAAAGAAUGCAACAGGGUGGCAUGCAAAUGCAAGCUCCUCCAAGACACCGUUAGCCAGCUCCUAUGGGAUACCCUCCUCAGGCACCUGUUCCAGGAUAUCCUCAACAAGCAUCACAAGGAUUCCCUUUUCAGCAACCUGGUGCAGGAGGAUUAUUAUCAGGCCUGUUAUAGCUAGCUAGUGUGUCAUAAACUACAGUCAGAUUUAUCUUGUUUUAUUUAUGGUCUUGCUUUUACAAAGUAAAAAGGUGAGGUAUACGGGUAGGUAUUGCUUUUGUUUCUGGCAGCAAUGGUGUCAACCUUUUCACUUAACUCAAUAUUACGUUUCCCAUUUGCAUGUAGCUCCAUUUGUCACAAACUGUAAGUCCUAUGUUAGUGAGACGUGGUGGUUUGUAGAUCAGGGGCCUAAUUCACAAAGCUCUCUUAGGCUCUGCUAGACAACAAAGCAUCCUCUUUGCUAGUUCAUCAAGAUUAACCUCGAGAGCAUGCACUUGAGGUUAAUCUUGAUGAACUAGCUCUUUGCAAGUACAUGUAUUUUAGCAUCGUACUGCGAGAUCGCAAAGUUACGAGAGUUUAGUGAAUUAGACCCCAGGCCCCUUCAUAGCCAGUAAACAGGUACGAGCAGGGCACAAUAUUUCGUAAGAACCGUUUGUUCUGUUCGCAUGUCGGUUACGCAACUUUAAAAUCACGGGAACUGCCAAUCGGUUAUGUGGUGAACAAUUACAUUCUAAAAUUAAAAGUACCAUAUAUCAGUAAUGAAAGUGAAGAUCAGUUUAUGUUUUUGAACCAUCAGUGUAACAGAACCGUAGUUAGAUAUUUUAGGAUUAGGUAGGCUUAACUCAUAGGUUGCCGAUAAUUAUAUUCACGUUACCGAACAAUCGGUUAUUUAAGUAAAACUCCCGUGAACUGACUUCCAGUUACCUACGAUUUUGAAAUAUUGUCCCCUGUACGAGUAACGUGUAUAAACAGAAGACCAUAGCCCAUAAGUUACUACAGGUUACAAUAAGUUAACUUGUGCCACACUGUUACCAGGAAGUAACUUCUGGGUCGGUAUUGUUAUUGCAUGGUAACAUUUCAACAAUAAUUAAAUAUUAAUUACAUUCAUUACAAUUUAAAGCCAUCUCAAUGCAGGGUUUCUGCCAGAAAGAAAUUUUUGGGUAUGACACUAUGGAAUUAAAUAUUUACAGUGUUUGUGCUGAAUACAACCGCAGACGACAUGGGGUAUAGGGGGCCUCCCCCAAAAAGAAAAUGGGUUAGGGUUAAGAAAAUCAUACACUAAUGAUAAGAGUCAUUAAUUUUGUCAAAAGGUCAACUUAAAAAAAAAUCUUCUAAAUAAUUUGGGUAUGGCGCCAUACCCGUUUUACCCUCUGGCAGAAACCCUGCAUUGUAAAAAUUAUGUUGUCCUUUUCAUCAACAUAUACUAUCCAGUCACUCUGAUGACUAUAGAGAUAUGCUACAAGAUUGCGUAUUUUGGAUCAAAUACAACCUACGAGCAUAAAACGUAUUGUACUUAAUACAUGCAAACUGUCAUCAGUGUACAAUAUAUCAUUCGUAGUUAAUACAAUAAUUUUUCAUUCACUCAUCAUAUAAACACUAGUCUCUGGUUAUAUGCGUGCAUAUUAUGCCCAUAAUGCCAUUUAUCACAGCAAGGUUGGCAUUGUGAACUAUUUGAUCCACCUCAAGCAACUUUAUAUGUAGAUGGGGGUUUUGGGGGGAAAUUAUUGGUUUACCCUUAAAACGUAGUAGUUAGUUUGAAAAUUGUUGUUUUAGGAGAUACUAAACAAAUACAGUACGUUAUUUCUUUGUUAUACCAGAAUUGAAAUGCUUGCCAUAUAGAAAAUCCUGUAUUUGAAGUAUAAACUAUUCUUUGGGGAAUAUAUGUAGACUAUAAGAUAAUGGUCACUUCUUACUCUAAGGUGGCCAUUUUCGUGGCAUUCUUGGAUUAAAAUGAUGAUGCAAUAUGUCAGUUAGCAAGAGGUCGUUAUAAAUUAAUUCCUUAGCCCAUAAAAUUCAUUCAAUAACAAAUAUAUCUUUCAAGUUGAUGUAAAAUGCGAUAAAUUACGAUGUCCUUGUUAUAAAUUACGAUUUUCUUAUACAUUGGCGGCCAUCUUAGAUUACCAUGAUGUUUCAAUGCCUUAAUUAGCUGGGAAUAGUUGAUGAAUGUUGAAAGUGUAUUUCAGUUUGUGUGUUUAAAUAAAACAGUUCUGGUGGCCUUCUAUGUGUACCAUAAUGAAAGGAAUGGUUUCUUUCUGCUUAAGUUUUAAAGAUCUACUCUGCCGUAACAUUGCCUGUCAAAGUGUUUAGUGGCAGGCUAUCAUCCCUUAUAAGGGGAGUGAUCACACUUUCAACUGGAACUGAGAUGCUCAAGGAAAUGUUCUUCUUUUUUAUCAAUAUAUUUUCCUACACUGUAUGACUACCCCUCCCCCCCCCCCCCCCCCCCCCCCCCAAUACAAUGUGCUCUCCAGUCUAGUCCCCCUCCUGCUAGAACUGUUACAUAUACACCUGGGGUUUACGAAACAGCCCUCUAUUGCGACCUUUUUUUUUUUUUUUUCAUCUGGCGACUAAAAUAUUUCAUACUAUCUAUGAUAGUAUCUAUAUAAAAAGUGAAAGUAGCCAACAUCUAGCUCCUAGAUGGAAAAGUUAAAGGGGCUGCCAAAGUCUUGACUGCUUAGUAGUCAUACAAAAGUGUGCAUAAACCAAAAAAUAUUUGUUACCCGGUAUAUAAAAAUGUUAAAAAUCAAAGAGAAUGACAGGGGCUGAUAAUGCUAGGUUUUUUUAGUGAUUUUUUUAAAGUAUCCUAGUAAAUAAUGUCUGUUUCCUGUAAAUAUGGAUGAAUAAAAAUUGUAUUUAAUAUAAUUAUUGUGUAUUGUAAGUCUUAUUGAUAUAUGGUUAAAAAAUUAAAAAUACAUAGCAUUAUAUAAGAUUAGUCUUCAGUGACGGAUCCAGAAAUCCAUUUGGGGGGGGGGGGGGGGGGGGGGCAAUGGGGGGGGGUGG